CCUCCUCUUUCUCCUUUCUAUCUGUACCUACCCUUGGGGCGCUGUCGCGCAAACUGUGCUCCUCUGGGUUCCCUCCAUUCGCUCCCAGCAAUGGUGGCCAGGCGCUCGGUGUUCCUCUUCUGCUUAGCUUUUUUCUUGGUCACUCUGGUCCAGAGAGGAUCUGGGGACCUAGAGGAUACAUGGAAGGAAACUUCCUCAGUGAAGCAGAGAUGGGAUCAUGUCACCACCACAACCAGGAGGCCAGGAACUACCAGAGCUCCAGCAAAGACUACAGAAAGAGAAUUUGAAUUGGCUGAUGCUUUGGAUGAUCAGAAUGAUCAAGAUGAUGGCCACAGGAAACCAAGUGCAGGUGUAGGAGGUUUUUCAGACAAGGAUCUCGAAUACAUAUUAGGAGGUGGUGACUACCAACCUGACAAGGGUAAAGGUGAUGGCCAGUAUGGCAGCAAUGAUGACCCUGAAGCAGGAAUGUCACCAGAGACUGGAACCAUUGCCGGUGUGGCCAGUGCCCUGGCCAUGGCUCUGAUUGGUGCCGUCUCCAGUUACAUCUCCUAUCAGCAGAAAAAGUUCUGCUUCCGCAUUGAACAGGGUCUCAAUGCAGACUACGUGAAGGGAGAGAACUUGGAGGCUGUUGUGUGUGAAGAACCCGAAGUGAAAUACUUAGAGCUGCCACGACAGUCUGCAGAGCCACCACAGCCCCAGCCGCCCAAGAUCUGAGGGCCCCUCGCAGCAGCGGGCGCACAGUGGUGCUGCCACUGAGGACCAAGCUCAUUUCAUUUGGACUUGCAGCUGCUGUACUGCUCCUUUGAUAUCAUUGGCUUCUUGUUCUAAGUUUUCUGUAUAAGCUCUGGGUGUUUGUGAGUUUGAUUUCUGUGUGCUGCCACAGGCACCCUGAAGAGACUCGGUGUUGAAAUCCAGCCUUGGGAGCUGCUGGGUCACCAACUCCACAAAGCCAGCCUGUCCCAGGCCAUAGUGAGCUGGGGACAGGGACCCAUUGAGGGAGGGCAAGACUAUGCUUAUGCUUAGGAGACAAGAGAUUGAUCACAGGGUAGUGUGAUCCCCGAGGUGCUGUAUUGACUCACAGGCAGCCCUUGGUGUGACCUCAGAGAGCUGUCAGAGAGCCUAGCUAGCUAGUACCCGGUGCUUAGCGCCCUGCAAGGAAGAGAAUCAGUGAACACCAGGCAACACUAUGCGCAUAUGACACCCUGGGUGGGGGUGGGGAUGGGGGGGUCAUUUGGGUCCUUUCCAGUUCCAGCUUUGACGCUUCCUGCUGGGCUUCCAGAGAGCUAGUCCACAUGGAGACUUUUCAUUUAUUUAACUGCAAAAAUGCAUGCCAUGACAAUCUGCCUUGAGAGUUCAGGAAUCUUCUGGGCAAGUAGAAGCUGGUGACUCUCAGGUCUAAUUCCCAUCUCAUUCCAUAGGGGACUGGGUGUGGUCUGCAGACUGACAUGGUUAGUUUUUAGGAAUCAUUUAUGUACUAGAAAUGUGUUUUAUCCUGGGCUAGUGAGGUGUUCAGCUUUCACCCUGUUUGUGUUUUUAUGUUCGUAGCAAAAGCUACAGGCAUUAUGAAUGAGCAUCAAAGCCAGAGCAUGCCACUGUUUGCUUAGAAAUAUAUUUGAGGGAGAUAGGAGGGGAGGGGAGGGGAGGGGAGGAGAGGGGAAGCCUAUUUGCUUGGUUUAGUGACAUACACCUGACUUAGUAAGUUUGUAGUUACUCUGUCUGGCCUGUUGAUGAGGAAUGAACACUGGGCGCCUGUCACUAUGGUAAACACCAGAACCGUGGCACUGGCCCCUCACCUGGCCUGGUGCUGUCUGGUUUGGGCUGGAGCAAAGCUGGCUUCCUGUUUGGCCCACAUGUGGUCCUGUCCCUGUGAGUUCUGCUGUCAGAGGCUGACUUAGAGUCUAAAGCCACGGUCUACUGAUAAUCAUUUCGCAGUGUCAGAAAUCAGUUCGGAAAGCAUAAUGUAGGCGAGCAAGAAGGACACAAGUUCGUGUGCCUCUGCCCUACAAGGGAGGCCUCACAAACUCCACAGGAUAUGUGUUAGCUCCCUGUCUACUGUGCUGGGAUGAGACAACUCCAAGCAGUUAAGGAAACCGUCCAAGUGUGAACAGACCCCUUAGGUUAUCUAAUGCAUGCCUUGUGUGUUCAUUUUAGUGCUUGCUUUAAAAACAUAUUUGUGGGAUGGUAAUCAAUUGCAGUGCGUGGUUCAAUGUUGCCCUUUGGACCUAUCCCCAGUGCAGACCUUCAGGUCCUAAAACGUCUUCUCCUAUAUGGGGGUACAUCACAGGCCAGGAGUGUGUGUCUGUGAGGGGGCAGGGAGCACUGAGGGUACACUUCUGCAUGGUACUGUGGAGGAAGAAAAAUGUGGCCUCCUCAUGCUUUAGGAGUUUGAGGAGGGGAGGCAUUGCUUGUAAGGUGUGCCUGUUUCCAGCACCUCCCAGACCUCAGUAGCUAGACUGUUGUCACUUUUGCUGGGCUUGUCCCUCCCAAGGAUGGCAAGAACCGAUGGCCUCCUCCCCUGACUAGUGCUGGGCAGGAGGUAGCUAUGAAGGAUUUUCGCAUCCGUGACUUGUUGCCACGUAGACAGGAUGACCUCAGGAUUCAGGGAAAGCAGGAGUUGGAGGGAUCACAUUAGGAUGGCUGAGUACCAAGACCCCUGAGGCAUUUUAAAGGAUAAAAAAGAGGGGCAGCACUUGCAUGUGGUAAAAUAUUUCUCCUCCCUGCCACUAGGAAGUGAAGACAUUUAUAGAGAGGUCUGUCACAACAGUGAGUAGUAUGAGGAGUGAUAUGGCCUGUGUGUCUCCUGGUAUGGCCAGGCAUGGCACUCAUACUAGGUGGUUGAGCUUCUCACUGGAAGGCCGGAAGCCACGUGCCUGCCCCCAGUUGUUCCCUUUAGCUUUAACCUGAGGCUUGUGAUGGCAAAGAGCCUACAGUCCUCCAGCUGUGAUGAGUCAUCAACACAUUCUCAACAGCAGUGACUUCAGUUGGCAGACCGAUUUUGUUCCCCCUUAGCUAUGUGGGUACCUUCUGCAGAAUGCCCACAGCCCAGUACCCAGACCUGCUCCUAGUGACUGGCCAUGCCUGAAAGGUCACUGAGCCACCCAUUUGCAGACCUUUCAUCCUGAAGCAGUUGGGGGUGGGGGAAAACUAACACCUGCAGAAGCCUACGGGGCUCUUGUAACUGCGUGGUUAUCUUAAAGUUGCAUUGGCCAGCAUGGGCCUGUCCCAGGUGAUAGGGGAGAUAAAGUGGGUUAAUUAGGAGGGUCAAUUGAAAAUAGCCAGUCUGUAUCAGCUUAAGGUGGUGGCGGGGGCACAGUGUUACCAAUAACUGAGCACAUGGAAGGAGAAGACAUGGCACCUUCGUGGUGUGAGGUACCCUCCCGGGGCAGACCCAUAGAACAGUACCAGGCCCAUUGUCUUGGCAACUUGGGGGUUAGUACCAGUUCUCUACAAAGAAGAAGUAGAGACUGCUCUCAGAGUCCCCAGUACUUUUUAUGUGCUUGUAUUUAAGUGUGAAUUGUUAUCUGUCUCGUCUUUGCAUUAAACAAAAUGGAA